CUGACAACGAACCUUCUAUUUCCAUGAUGCUCCAAACUUUCAGGGAAUCUAAGUUGCUUGAUUUACGAACAAAAACAAGUGUGUUUCUUCUGAAAGCAAGAUCAAUGAUGGAAUAUCUUGACAAAACAAGAACCUUGGGGUAUAGUCAGGUCUUUGUGCAGUUUUCGGACUGUGGGAAACGGGCAGUUUAGCUCAAGCGGUCUAGCCAAACAUUUUGUGCCAAGGGCCACAUAGUGGUGGCUAAAAAUCCAUGCUUGCACGCAAGUGAUGUGCCUGUGUUAAGGGCUGUCGAUGUGCCUGCAUUGCAGCAUAUGGUGUAUUGUGUUGCUUUUACCUCAAAAAGGAUCCAGGUAAGUCUCUUUUUGCAUGUACCUAAAUUGCACCUUAGAGAGAAUAACUAUUUGGUAGAGUCUGACCAAAAGAUUUGUAUUUAGCCCUGAAAUGACAUGCUUUCUAUUGUUGUAGGAAGUUGAGUAUUUAAGCAAUUACAUCGUGAAUGACAGCAAUCAUUGCGAAUGCUCACACUGUCUUUGCUGAUAAGGAACCUCUGAAAGCCAUGAGCGAACCAUGGGUAGAGCUAGCACAUCAGUUUUCAUUUGCUGUCAACUUCAACAAAACCGGAGUUCCAGCCGUGAUACCUCCUCAUCUCCAUGUCAAAGAGUAUCCGGACUUUAUGGAAAAGCCAGACAAACCCACUUACCAAUCCCACAACGUCAUUGGGAAGCUUUUUCGAGAAGUGAAAGACACUGUCCUGCACACCAGCUGUGUCAAGUCCCCUGGUGUGUGUAUGACAAGCUGAUCCAUAUCAAGAAGAUGAAAGAUAUCUCAUGUUUUGCUCAGCCUUUGGAUGUUAUCAUAUCACCAAUUUCAGGUAUGUAAAUAUAUGCACUCUGCCUAUGUAAUUGUUUUUCGAACUGUUUGAUCACUAUCCAGCUUAUUUGAAUUCUCUUGGAAGUAGUUGUGGCAGUAACCCAUCUGGAAAUUGAGGUAGAGUAACUGAACUGGAAAUGAACUUGAAUUGAGGAUACCAUGUCUGCAACUCUUAUCAUCCAUGGCUUCCUGGUCUUGAUUUGCUCGGCCGAGGCAGAUAAACCUCCAGCAGUAAGAUCCCUAACAGCAAAGCCACGACACAAUUCAGAAUCUAACCCAUCAAUCUGGGUUGAAAUACUACGACAUUAAAGUUGAAGCGCGUAGCACUGGAGAGGAGAUGAUUAGGAGCUUGUGUUGCUCAUAAGAAGAAGUGAGCAGAAACAUACAAAUAGAGGAACUGGAAACGAGAAGAAGCUGCUUACGAUCAGGAGAAGUUGGUGGGGGAUGAGUGGAUUGGAAUCCGGAAGAUUGAAAUAACAGGGCAGCCAGCACUGUAACAAUGAAUAGUACGAUGUUCC